CGGGUGGGGGCGCGGGAGGGCGGUCAGAGCGCAGGCGCGCAGCGGGCCGGGCCGUGGGUUUCCCUGGCGACCUUGCGCUCAUCUGCUUGGAGUGCGACGGCGGCCGCCGGGAUAUUCGCAGGCGCUCUGCCCUGACCUGGCAACGGCACCUGCGGACAGACGCGCGCACCUGACUGCGCGUGUGUGGAGUCGCCUGGGCGCCCCAGGGAGGAGCGAGGCCGCGGGACGUCAGCGCGCAGGACGCCGGGUGCGCGUGCGCGUGCGCGAUGGCCUGCGUCAAGAGCGGGUGGCUGCUGCGGCAGAGCACCAUUCUGAAGCGCUGGAAGAAGAACUGGUUCGACCUCUGGUCCGACGGUCACCUGAUCUAUUACGACGACCAGACCCGGCAGAGCGUGGAGGACAAGGUGCACGUGCCGGUGGACUGCAUCAACCUGCGCUCGGGGCUGCAGUGCCGGGAUAUUCAGCCUCCAGAUGGGAAGCCGAAAGACUGUAUGUUGCAGAUUGUUUGCCGAGACGGGAAGACCAUCAGUCUUUGCGCAGAAAGCCCAGAUGACUGCUUGGCCUGGAAGUUCACGCUCCAGGACUGCAGGACAAACACAGCUUACGUCGGCUCCGAGGUCGCCUAUGAGGGCCCGGCCGUGGCCGCCCCGCCUCCGUACACGGCCUACGCCGCCCCAGAGCCCGAGGCCUAUGGCUACGGCCCCUACAGCGCGGCGUUCGCGCCGGGCCCGCAGAUCGUCUACGCGGCCAACGGGCAGGCCUACGCCGUCCCCUGCCAGUUCCCCGCCGCAGGAUUCUACGGACAGCAGCCCGCCCACCACGUCGUCGUCCGAGAGCGGCGCCCGGGCAGUGACGGCGACCUGGCGCUGGGCAUGCUGGCCGGGGCGGCCACGGGCAUGGCCCUGGGGUCCCUGUUCUGGGUCUUCUAGGCCCUGCAGCUGCCGGGCAGGCCUCCCCUGCCCAUGCGCAGCCGUGUUGCUGGCAGGCGUUUCAGUGUGUGAUCCAUGUUCUCAAUAGUCUCUUUAAUCGUUCUUUUGAAAGUAGUGAUGUCAUAACUAUAACUCGUCCGCAUAAGGAC